AGAGUUGUGAAUUAUUAGAGUGGUUGAGAGUAAAGCAACAACACACCCAAAUAAUCAUGGAGACAUGGUUCCUGUUCAUAGUCACUCUCUGCAUUGCCGCACUCAUUAGAGCGAUCUUCACCACCAUCACCACCAUUGUCGCCACCAAAACUCCUCCGGGCCCACCCCACAUCCCAAUAAUCACAAGCAUCUUGUGGUUGAGAAAAUCAUUUUCCCAGCUUGAACCAAUCCUCAGAAACCUCCACGCCAAACAUGGCCCAAUUGUCACCCUCCGCAUCGGCUCCCGCCCCGCCAUCUUCAUCUCCGACCGCUCCCUCGCCCACCGUACCCUCGUUCAAAACUCCGCCAUAUUCUCCGACCGCCCUAAGCCCAUCGCCACCGGCAAAGUCCUCUCCGCCAACCAGCACAACAUCAGCUCUGCCUCUUAUGGCGCAACCUGGCGUGCCCUCCGACGCAACCUCGCCGGCGAGAUGCUCCACCCCUCCCGUGUGAAGUCCUUCUCACAAACCCGGAAAUGGGUCCUCGACACGCUCCUCCACCGCCUGAAAUCCGCUUCCUCCCAAUCAGAUUCUAACCCCUCCGCCGCUGUCACUGUCGUCAGCCACCUCCGCUACGCCAUGUUCUGCCUGCUAGUUUUCAUGUGCUUCGGGGAGAGACUCGACGACGCGAUAAUCAACGACGUGGAGCGCGUGCAGAGGAACCUGCUCUUAAACGCUAGCAAAUUCAGCAUCCUGAAUUUCUGGCCGAAAAUCACUGGAUUUCUGCUACGAAAUCGUUGGAAUGAGCUUUUACAACUCAUGAAAGAUCAAGAAGACGUUCUGGUUCCACUCAUCAGAGCAAGAAAGCUAGCUAAAGAGGGGAAACCAGUCAACGACGUCGUUUCCUAUGUCGAUACGCUUCUCGAAUUGGAGUUGCCGGAAGAGAAACGCAAGCUGAAUGAGAGUGAAAUGGUGACUCUGUGCUCGGAGUUUCUUAACGCCGGUACCGACACAACGUCGACGGCGUUGGAGUGGGUGCUGGCGAAUCUGGUUAAAUACCCACGCGUGCAGAAGAAUAUUGUAGAUGAAAUUAGUGAUGUGAUGAAGGGAAGAGAAGACAAGGAGGUGAAGAAGGAAGAUUUGGUGAAACUGCCUUAUUUGAAGGCGGUGAUACUGGAAGGUUUACGGCGGCAUCCGCCGGGGCAUUUUGUGCUGCCGCAUGCCGUGACGGAGGACACGGUGUUGGAUGGUUACUUGGUGCCGAAGGACGGGACGGUGAAUUUCAUGGUGGCGGAAAUGGGGUGGGACCCGCAGGUGUGGGAGGAACCGAUGGAGUUUAAGCCUGAGAGGUUUUUGAACAAUGAGGGGAAGGAGGUUGAAGGUUUUGAUAUUACUGGGAGUAAAGAGAUUAAGAUGAUGCCAUUUGGUGCAGGGAGGAGGAUUUGUCCUGGUUAUAAUUUGGCUUUGAUGCAUUUGGAGUAUUUUGUGGCUAAUUUGGUUUGGAGUUUUGAGUGGAAGGUUCCUGAAGGUGGGAGUGUUGAUUUGUCAGAGAAGCAGGAGUUUACUAUGGUCAUGAAGUAUCCAUUGCAGGCUCAUCUUACUCCUAGGAUUUAGUGUUGAACUCUGCUGUCUGCUGCAAGCAUUGUCCCAUUAUUAUUAUAGUCUAAUAAAUCAUCUGUAUAAACAUGAUGUUUUAGAUGGAGUUUAUGAUGUUUUAGAUGGAGUUUAUCUGCCAAUUUGAGUGAAUUGCCAAGAUUCAUUUUAAGAGAAUCGUCCAUAGCAUCAUGGCGAGAGAUUUUUGUGUUUGCUUUGAAUUAGAUGUUCUGUCCAGUGUGUUUAGAAAUGUCCUCAAUUUCAUGGUUGGGGAACAAGUAGCAUAAAUUGAAAGAUAUUUUAUUAUUGUA